AAGUGCUCUUCUGACCCGCCGCGCCGUGCCGCAGGAAGAUGGCGCUGGAAGCGGGAGACAUGGAAGACGGACAGCUUUCCGACUCGGAUGCCGAUAUGACGGUCGCACCCAGCGACAGGCCGCUGCAUGUACCGAAAGUACUUGGUGGGGACAGUGCUGUGAGGGCCUUCCAAAGUACCACAACAGCAUGUGUACCAGUAUCACAUUAUCGGACUGUUAAAAGUGUGGAUUCAAGUGAAGAGAGUUUUUCUGAUUCAGAUGAUGAUAGCUCUCUUUGGAAACGCAAGCGACAGAAAUGUUUUAAUCCUCCUCCCAAACCAGAGCCUUUUCAGUUUGACCAGAGCAGUCAGAAAGCAUCUGUUGCUGGAGGAAAGAAAGUUAACAACAUAUGGGGUGCUGUGCUGCAAGAACAGAAUCAAGAUGCAGUGGCCACUGAACUUGGUAUCUUGGGAAUGGAGGGCAAUAUUGACAAAAGCAGACAGUCUGAGACCUACAAUUAUUUGCUUGCUAAGAAACUUAAGAGAGAAUAUGAAGAGCACACAAAAGAAUUAGACAAGGAGCUAGAUGAAUAUAUGCAUAGUGGCAAAAAACCAGAAUCAAAGGAAGAGGAAAAUGGGCAAGGUCAUCUCAAAAGGAAACGACCUGUAAAAGACAGACUAGGAGGACACAGACUAGAAAUGAACUAUAAAGGCCGAUAUGAGAUCACAGAGGAAGAUUCUCAAGAGAAAGUGGCUGAUGAGAUUUCUUUCAGGUUACAGGAACCAAAGAAAGAUCUGAUAGCUCGAGUAGUGAGGAUUAUUGGGAACAAAAAGGCAAUUGAACUUCUGAUGGAAACUGCUGAAGUUGAACAAAAUGGUGGCCUCUUUAUAAUGAAUGGUAGUCGAAGAAGAACACCAGGUGGAGUCUUUCUGAAUCUCUUGAAGAACACUCCUAGCAUCAGCGAGGAACAAAUUAAGGAUAUUUUCUACAUUGAAAAUCAAAAGGAAUAUGAAAAUAAAAAAGCUGCUAGGAAGAGGAGAACACAAGUGUUGGGGAAGAAGAUGAAACAAGCUAUUAAAAGUCUAAAUUUUCAAGAAGAUGAUGAUACAUCACGAGAAACUUUUGCAAGUGACACAAAUGAGGCCCUGGCCUCUCUCGAUGAGUCACAGGAAGGACAUGGAGAAGCCAAGUUGGAUGCAGAGGAAGCCAUUGAAGUUGAUCAUUCUCACGACUUGGAUAUCUUUUAAUCCUUUAAGUACAUUUUGGACAUUUUGAGAAUAAACCUUUCUAAAAUAACAUCGUAAUAAAUCAUUUCUACUGAGAUUGUUACAUUUUACUUUGCACUGAUAAACAUGAGAAUCUGGA